AUGACAGAAGACAAUUGUUUCGUUUAUGCUUGCAUUCAGGCUGGAGUAGAUGGAGAGACUAUUGACCACAUGAGAGAAGUCAUUCGUGUUAGAGACUUUCCUCAAAGUAAAGUACAAGAAAUUUCCGAUUCAACAGGUAUAGCAUUCAAUGUUACCAUUGGUUAUUUCAAUGACUCAAGACAUAAUGAAAUAAAGAGAUACAUACCAAAAGAAUGUAAAACUGUUCGAACUAUUGACUUACUUCUUGUUGAAGACCACUACAUGCUAAACGAAAGAUUACCAAUGACAACAUAUUUCAUUCGCAACUAUAUAGAAAUUUUGAAGGAGUGUGGUGGAAUGAACAUUGAGAAACAAAUGAAGAUUUAUACAAAGAGAGAAGAUAAAUAUGUAGUUCGUUAUGAUAGAACAACACCACUAUGGGAUGUUAUGAAAACAUUGUGGGAGUGCAAAUAUUUCGAACCUAUUUCUUAUGGAGAACUUUUCACAUAUACGACUGACUUAUAUAAACAGAACCUUGCACCAUUUAAAGAUUUGACAUAUGCUCCAAAGUAUUGUGUACAACUGAAGAAGAAAGCAGAGUCAAAAGAAGUAAAUAAAAAUAAGUGCAAGUUCAUUCCUGAGCAUGUUUUCUUUGCUGACUUUGAGUGUAGUACCGAUGGCUUUCAUAAAGCUUUUAACAUCUGUUAUGACAGUGAAGAUGGUUCAGUGAGUGAAAGCAUAUGGGGUCAAAACUGUGCAACAGAAUUUUUGGAGCGACUUCCUGACAAGAGUUUAAUAUAUUUCCAUAACCUCAGUUAUGACAUAAACUUCAUCUUAAGACACAUGACAGAAGUGAAAGGAACUCCCAUCAUUAAAGGUUCACGAACAAUGCAAAUAACUGGCUUAUAUAAAGGAAGGGCAAUUAUUAUAAAAGACUCUUACAGUGUUAUAAAUAAGAAGCUUAAACUAUUUCCUGCUAUGUUUAACUUACAAACAGGACCGAAAGAA